ACUCGAUGUUAAAGGAAGGACUUGUUCUGCAUGGGACUGGUGAGGGCAGGAUGAUGUUGGGUUUAGUAGAAGUGCUAGUGGGCUGUGUGGAAACAGGGAACCAUUGAGAAGUGCCCGCCUUACAGCUGUGCAGGUUUUCAUCCAUUGGUUAGAGAAUCUGAGAAAACUUAUUUCUUCAUUGAGAUUUGUUAGCCAAGAUGGCAACAACUUAUGAACAAACAACCACAGCUACGUCGUCAUCAGGAAACCGGGAAGAAAUACGCCCAGAUGUGGGAUAUAUCAGGACCAUUCCAGGCAUCUUAAAAAUUGUGGAAAUAUUUCUGGACAUUCUUGUGCUUAUAUGUGCCUCAAUUGACAACUGGUACCAUCUUGGAGGUGGAUGGGUACAGUUUGUGGCAGCAUCAGCGCUAGUGACGACAGUUAUCCUUUUCAUCUUUCAUUUCUUACAUUUAAUCUCCCGAUUACCUGGACGCUGGAACCUUAUUGAGUUCAUUUACUAUAUAGUAUUCAUCAUCCUAUUUCUGAUUGCUGCAAUUAUAACUGCUGUGCGUGCCCCUCUUGCGCCAUCCAUUGGUGCAGCUUGUUUUUUCACCUUUGCUGCACUGGCUGUUUACACUCUGGAUGCGUUCUUCAUGUACCGUAACUGGAAGAUAGUUACACACUCCAGUGGGGCCCCAACAACUGCCUCAUCUACCACCACCACCACCACGGUCUAUGAGACUCGCACUCAGUACUAAAGGGCCAGAAGAGUUAAAACAGAUGAUGGCUUUCAAGAUUGUUGAAAAGGUUUUAUGAAUGAUUGCAAAUCUAGUUCUAAGCAUAAGAAUGAUGUUUGAAACUCUAGUUGCUUGAUACAUUUGUAACUCUUGUCUGCAAGGAUCAAAGGACUGGCCUUUGAUUUUUGACAGCACUGAGUGUACAAGACAGGUUAAGGCGCUGGAAUGGCUAUGUUUAUAAAUGGUAACCAAUACUUUGCAACUUCACAGUAACAUGUGCAGUGCAUAAGUAUUUUGUACAGCAGGUCCAAAAGAUCAACAACCUAAACAGCAGCUCCAACUGAAAUGUAAAACACAGAGCUUGAUUGGAAGAAGCUGGCUAGACAACAUCUGAUGGAUUUCUAUCAGAAUUUCUUGCUUUUGCAAGAAAUCUAAUUAUUUCAGUGAGAUUUUCAGUGGAGUUGAAUGAUGCACCGAGUGAUCAGAACGUGCCCAAUAAUUUGAUCAACAUCAACAAAUCAUUUCACAGCAAGUGAGUGACAGAUAAUAACAUCAAAAGAGUUGCAGGUACUGGUAGAUCCAGAUUUAGGUCUCUGACAUAUGACGUAGGGAUGUUGUUUUCUGCUGUAUUCUCAGUGCAUGUUGGUAGUACUUUGGGUGUCACUGGCUGUCCUUUUUGUGGUGAGCAGGACUAUCUUUGCUUGAGAUUGCAGACUGUUUUCCUGAUGUAUACUGCCAUUCAGCCAUUGUAAUGGUUUCUUUGCUUCAUGCUGUUUGUCACUAUUUAUUAUUAUCAAAAAGGUUCUAACCCAUGAAUGCUGCUUAUACAUAUACACGGCUAAUUUAAAUUCAUUUCUGUGGAUAGGGCAAGGAUUUUCCUGCUUUGUUUCUUUAUUUAAAGGGAAAUAUAUUAACUUUUAAAAAAAUGUUUGACAGGUUUCAUGCUGUCUUGAAUCUCUGAUGUGUAUGAUAUUAAAUUAAAUGAAUUAGAUGUGCUUGUGUAAAUUUUUGUUGUAUAAAGAGCUAAAAGUAAUCUCUAAGACAUAUAGCAAACCAGUUUAGAUGAUAUUUUUGCUAUCUGGGAUUGAAUAGUGUACAGAUUCUUAAAAUUUUUAGAUAUGUGUUUCUGUUAUCUCAGGGCUUCUGAAAUAAAUUGAAUAAUUCAGAAUCAAUGCUGGAGGAUGUAUACAUUUUUCCCCCUUUUUUUAAUUUUAUAUUUGUUUCAGUGUACUUUAAAUUAAAUUGCAUUCUUCUUUUUAGUUUGCUGUCUGCAAAAGAGGACUAUUGGUGAUCCUCCUCAGAUUCAUUAGCAGUCUCUGAAACAUUUUUCUAUGAACCAGAAAGCAUCUGUGCUGUACUCACAGCUUUAUUCUGUGUCUUGCUGUUUAUCUUUCAUGCCUUUUGGCUCAGUGUGGUAUUAGGUUCUUCAAUCAACUCUCAUGCAGCAUAAACUUUGCAAGAUGGCUAGAGUUGCCAUCAGCCUUUUGUUCUGAUCAAAUUUCUGCAAAGUAAGGUCCUGCACACAUUUCUGAUGUGUUAAGGAGAGCUAGUUUCAAACAAAUUCAAAGUCUUUUUACUUUUAAGAUUUUAUAGACAGAUUUUACUUAUAAUUUUAUUUUGAGGUUACAAUGACCUUAAACAAGUAUUUUUCUUCACAUCGCUAGUCUGUGAUUUGAAAAUUAUGUAGCCUAAGAACAGUUUAGUGGAAUUUUCUUCCAGAAAUUUUGAUCUGCUUAUUAUCAUGCCACAUUUUGUUCUUUUUUUUUUUUCUCCAUCAGAAUGCCAUAUAAUAUAUAAUGCUAUUUUCUUUCUGUUACCUUCGUUGCAGAAAGUUUUCUAAAAGAGCAGCUAAUGAAUGUUCAGUGAUUUUGUUCUCUCUACAUUUGUGCAAGCAAUGAUUGUACAUAAUGAGUAACUUCUUUCUGUCAAGUGUUUAUAUCUGAUAAGUGCUUUUCAUGAAGCAUUUUGUGUUGGAUUCAAGGCAUUUAUCACGAGCAUAUAUAUAUUUAUGACUUACAUAUCCUUUUUUUCUUUUUAUAGAAAAGAAGGCUACUAGUUGCUUGCAUUGUUAGAGUAAAAAUGUUAUUCAGAUAUUUAAUUUAGAAGAAUUUACUACCUUAUCCAGAGGUAUAUUUUGUUUUUAAAAUCAUGUUUUCAGAUUUGUUAUAUUUUCAUGAUUAAACUAUUGACUGUGAUUUUAUCUUAUAAAUAAGAGGACAAAAAGUGUUGGAUUGUGACUAUAAGCUGUCCAAAUCUUAUUUUAAAAAUUUUGCUAGUUCAGCCAGUAAUUUUGUGACUGUGUCUGAAAUUCUUAUAAACAUUGUGUACUUCUAUAAUGUGUUAGCAAAAGGCUGUACACUUUGUCAAACUUUUUUUUUUUGGAGUUGAAGGGGAGGGGGGAAUCAUUUGAGUGAGAGGCUGUCAUUUCUUUCUAAUUGUUCGAUUGGUUUGAUCAGAUUAAGUGACUAUGUUGAGUCGUGUCUUCUGGGCAUGCACCUCUUAAAAUAGUGAAGAUUUAGCACCAUUUACAUAAUGUUAAAAUAUACAUUGAUUUAUAAUUGCACUCUUUAAUCAUCUUUGACAUUGUUAAGAGCAAAGUUCUUUUAUACCUUUGAUACUUGGUGUGCUUUUUUUUCAAGUUCAUUGUACUGUCAGCUACCUAAGCAUCAAAACUAUUUCAACCUAAAAUUUUGUAGUAAUUGAAAGAAAUUUUAGUCUACUGGGCCAGUUCUGUAAGGAGAGACAGGCCAUUUUAUUUAACAGUAAGCAUUGAGGUGUUUAGAUCAGGGGUGCCCAAACUAUAGCCCACAGGCCACAUCCAGCCUGCUCAUUUAAACCAGACACAACAUAAUUUCAUUUUUAACAUUGUCACGAUUCUGGCAAAACCACCAUAUUCUGGCCCACAAGGUUUUUAUGUUAUGUCAAGUGUGGCCCUUGGGCGAGAAAGGGUUGGGCACCAUUGGUUUAAAGUAUUGCAUCAUACACUUAGGCAUCUCUGUCAUCAUGGAUUUCAUUCUUUGUGCAACAAGUGUGUAAAGCAUGCACUGCCAGAAUGUCCAUUAUUGAUCUGGAAAAAAAUUACAACUCGUAUCAAGAUGUCUGUAUUUGUUUGCAGUGUCGUUGAUGUUCAUCAUUUGUAAUCUUUGCCCUUGGAUAUAUUUAUAUGCUUGAUUGAAUGUCCUUGAUGCCUUUACCAUAUGUUUAUGCAAAGGUGCUUUUUAGCUGAGGAAAAAAAAACAGAUUCUAAAACACUGGAGAGAAGCUGAAGUUUUGUCUUAAUUAUGUGACAGGUCCCUUUCGAUUUCUUAAUCUAUAGGUGAUUAACUGAACCAUCAGUUGCAGGCCUGGUAGUUGAUCAUGCAGUUUGGUUGCUGAGCCUGUGCCAUUGUCAGAUCUUUAGGCAGCUCCAUAGAAUGCCCUUGCUUUCUCCUGGGAAUCUAAACGAGCUUAAAUCUACUCGUCUUCAGCUUGUCUCAGAAGCAACUGUGAUUAGUCCAUGCAAAGUAUAUUGUAUUUUUCUAGACCUGUCACAUAUCUUGAAACAUUAGAUUCUUUAAUCUUUUGCAUGUGGUGGGCUUUUGCCUAGUUAUUGGAUUCUAGAGCUUCUGCAGUAAAUUAGAUGUAGUACAUAAAUGUGUCUUUAGACCAGAAGUUUACUUGUUCCUGCUGUAACCAUAUUAAUAUUUGGCUCAGAAUAGCUGGGGACGUAGUUGGAGGUAAAAUUUCCUAUAAUUAUAUUCACUUGUGUCAACUAACAAAAUUGUUAGACUGAGAACUUGUCCACCAAGUAAAAGAGCAAGUUGGUAUUAAGGUGAAAUGAUUUUCAAAAAAAUGUAGAGGCCACUUGGCUGUUGUCCAACUUUAAUGAUAUUUUAUCCAGGGGUGGUGGUUGGGGGCUUGUUAGGUACAUAAUUUAAGAAACUUUAUGAACAUCUCCUGCGACCCUAUGCUUCAGUAGAGGUGAAUAGGAAUAAUAAUAAGAUGACCAUCUGAGGACUGCCCUAUCCCUUAUGUUUUAUUUUCCAUGAUGCUUAAAUGUGGGAACUAUAAACAUUAACAUGUGCCUGCUGUGCUGUUUGAAGUUAUUUUCUAACAUAUUGUCUAUGAGUAGUUCCAGUAUGGGUUUUAAUUAUUUUUUUUUGGGUAGGAGGGUAUGUUGAAGUUCUGUUCUGGAUCAUUAAUACUUACAUAUAUUAUACUUUGUUUUCACAUUCAUGUUUAACAUGUGUUAAGUCUUAAUAUGUGUCAUGUAAGACACUAAAAAGUGCUUAUUGUUUUUUACUCUUAUAAUUAUUCACUUUCUAUCAUCUAGUCCUUAUUCCAAAUAUAUUUUAUUGUUUGCUUGUGCAGAUGUAACGCCACUUAAUUAUGUCAAUUAAUUAUAACAUAUUUACUAUAACUUAAAUUUCAGAUUUGCUUGUGGGCAAGUCAGUUUCAGAAUUGUCUUGCCUCUAUUUAGCAAUAUUUGACUAGACAAUAAUUUUUAUAUAUUUUAUAUGACUUUGUUAAAAGACUUUACAUUUAAUUCUAUCCAACACUGAUUAAAGAAUAACCUGUCUUGUACAAAAUAAAAACACUUUAAAAGAUUCUGUCAGGGGGACUUAUUGAGGCAGGAAUUAUUUUCCAAGUGUUUGUGUUUAAACUGCAAAUUCACUAUGAAUUGCACUAUUUGUUAUAGUGAUUUUGGUACAGGCAAGAGUUUUCUGUUUUCCUCCCUCUUUAACAUAUCCUGAAGUGGGUAUCAGUUGAUGAGUAAAAAAAAAACGAUAUGUUCCCCCAUAACAGCUAAAAUAGCUGAUUAAGGUGUAUGUGCAUUAACACAGUUAUAGUUGCCAAAGUGUGAUUCUUGGAUUUUGUCCUUAUAGAUGUGUACUACAGAAAAUGUGGUUUCUCAUAAUAGAUAGUUGCUUCUCUCCAUUUAUCCCAUUGCAUGAAGUUUGGUACAAGUAAAGUCUUUAAGGAUGUUGUA